AUGACCACUAGUAAACAAACCAUUGGUCUUUCUAAAUUGGAUCCGGGAUUUACCGGAAGAUCAAACCUUCGUCCAACUUAUCCACCUCAAAUAACAAUUCAAGAGAUCAUUGAAUUCUUAUCAUCGACAGUUCCUAGACGAUCAUUUCAACCAACUAACGCAUUUAAGGUAUAUCGUAUAGCAACUAUUCUUCAAAUGCGAACCAAUAACAAUGAUUUGAUGAUCCUUUCUGGAAGUUUAGUUUCAACAAAUUAUUCAAUGGAAUCUCUUGAAGUCAAACGAACUUAUCAAAGGUUAGCUUUAGAAGUGAAUAAUGAAUUGAUAACUAGACAAAUUCAUGCAUGA